AUGUUUCACAUCAUUGUCGUUCUAUUGGUUUGGGGAAUUAUUUCAUGGCUAAGGGGCACCUUUCCUGGGAGUCGAGGACGUGGCCUGCCCCCGGGUCCACCAUGUGUGCCCAUAAUAGGAAAUGCGUUGCAAGUGCCAAAGACCAGAAUCCAUCUCAAGUUGACCCAAUGGGCAAAAACAUACGGGCCCAUCUUCUCUCUCAAGAUUGGUUCGUCCACUACAGUCGUCAUCAAUUCUCCUUACCUUGUUAAGCAGCUCCUCGACAAGCAGUCAGCAAAAUACAGCGACCGCCCCACCAUGUAUAUUGCCAAUGAGCUCAUUUUUCGUGGUGAUCAUCUUAUGUUCUUGAAUAUAGGCGAAACCUGGCGUCGCGGUCGGAGACUCUACCAUGAACACUUCAACGAAAUGAUGUGCGAACAGCACCAUGUCGCGCUCCAGAAUGCAGAAGCAACUCAGAUGCUUCGGGAUCUUUGCUUUAACCUCGAGGGACCAAUUAGUCAUCCUAAGCGAUAUAGCAACAGUGUUAUCAUGAGUAUCGUUCUCGGAAUCCGCACUCCAACAUGUGAAACGGCGCACAUGAAAGAGCUAUACCGCUUUAUGGAAGGGCUGUCCGAGAUAUUGGAGAUUGGUGCUACGCCUCCCAUAGACGUAUUCCCCGUUUUCAAAUACCUCCCGGAGACGUUGUUUCGAAAUUGGAAGUCCAGAUCCCGAGCAGUCGGAGAUAUUCUUACCAAUCUCUACGAGCCUUUGGUGCGACAUGUGGUUCAGCGACGACAGAAGGCUGGGAGUAAAGGUUGCUUCCUGGACAAUGUGCUAGACCAACAGAGCAAGCUUGGUCUUUCAGACCGGGAGAUACUUCUAAUGGUGGGCAAUCUGGUCGAGGGUGGGUCGGAUACUAUGGCCAGCAUGCUCCUGGUGCUUAUUCAAGCUAUGAUCAAGUAUCCACACAUUCAGAAACAAGCGCAAGCCCAAAUAGAUGAGGAGAUCGGCGAAGACCGUUCUCCUACCUGGGAGGACUUUGCCAGUUUACCUCUGGUGACUAUGGUGGUCAAGGAAUGCCUACGCUGGCGUCCAGUAGCACCGACCGCAUUUCCACACGCCGCAAAAGAGGAUGGGAAGAUUGAUGGGUUGCUAAUUCCCAAAGGAUCCACGGUGGUCCUUAAUGUUUGGGGCGUCCACCAUAAUCCUGACAGCUACGCUGACCCAGAUACCUUUAACCCUUGGCGGUACAAAAAUCAUACGUCCCUGGCGCCCACGUAUGCGGCUAGUUCUGAUUACGAGAACCGCGACCACUAUGCCUACGGUUCCGGACGACGAAUCUGUCCAGGUAUUCACCUAGCGGAGCGUGGGAUUUUCAUCGCCUGCGCCAAGAUGCUAUGGGCAUUCGACAUGUCUGAACCGAUUCAUACACAGACUGGUAUGCCGGUACCUGUCGAUGUCGAUGCGGAGACGGGAUACAUGGAUGGCUUCCUGAGCUGUGCUAAGGACUUCAAGGCGACCAUCCGGGUGCGGUCCGAAAGUCGUCGAGAAACCAUUCUCCGAGAGUUUGAGACAGCUGAGAGAGACGUGCUCAGUCGAUAUGAGUGCCUCUGA